UUUGUACGAUAAAAACAUUUCCACCUCUGAACAUUAUGUUGAUUUUAACUAUUAACAUUGCCCUUAUUCUAAUAAAAUUGAUAUUCUUUGUAUGAUGUUAACAUGAUAAAUAUUCCAAAGCUUUACGCAAUUAUUUAUUAUUCCUUUUGUUAUCAUUUAUUUUUAUUUUAUUUUUAUUUCUAUUUUUUUGCCAAUCUUAUUUUGUUUUAUAUUUCAAAUUUCACUUUUACUAUUAACCAUACUUGUUUUAUACACAAAGAUAUUUUUUUUUUUUUUUUUUUUUUUUUUUCUUUUGGCAAUUUAAACAAUUGAUGUUGGAUUUUUAAUGUUCAUUACUUUAGUACAUAUAUAUAUAAACUUAACUUAUAGAUAUAUGU